AUGGGGAAGGGAGGCCGAGAAGGAAGCGGAUCCACUGCCGCGCAGCUAAACCGCAUCGAACUAUCCUCUUCGUCUCCCUCCGCCGCUAUAGGGGCCUAAGCGGGAGCGGCCUGGACGGCGUCACUGAGAGGGCUGGGGGGCGGAAGUGGAGGCGGAGGGAGACGGUACAGACCGCAGGGCCUCGGGCCUUCGCGGCGAGGCUCUGGUGGGCGCGAGGCAGGGGAGGGGGGAGGAGGAGGAGCCCGCGGCCCGGGCGGCGGCGGCGGCGGGGGCGGCGGCGGCGGCGGCGGCGCCCGAGUCCGAGUUCCCCGUAGGGCCCCGCCUCGGAGCGGGCGGCGGUGGAGGAGGAGCAGGAUGGCGGCCUCGGCCCUGUACGCCUGCACCAAGUGUACCCAGCGCUAUCCCUUCGAGGAGCUCUCCCAGGGCCAGCAGCUCUGCAAGGAAUGUCGGAUUGCGCAUCCUAUUGUAAAAUGUACUUACUGCAGAUCAGAAUUUCAACAAGAGAGCAAAACUAAUACAAUUUGUAAGAAGUGUGCUCAAAAUGUGAAGCAAUUUGGCACACCUAAGCCUUGUCAGUACUGUAACAUAAUUGCAGCAUUUAUUGGUACAAAGUGUCAGCGUUGUACAAAUUCAGAAAAAAAAUACGGACCACCUCAGACCUGUGAACAGUGCAAACAACAAUGUGCUUUUGAUCGAAAGGAGGAAGGAAGAAGAAAGGUUGAUGGAAAGUUACUAUGCUGGCUCUGUACUUUAUCAUACAAGAGAGUUUUACAGAAGACAAAAGAACAAAGGAAGAGCCUGGGAUCUUCACAUUCAAACUCAUCUUCUUCAUCUCUUACCGAGAAAGACCAGCAUCAUUCAAAACAUCACCACCACCAUCAUCACCAUCACCAUCGUCACAGCAGUAGCCAUCACAAAAUCAGCAAUUUGACUCCAGAACAAGAGCAGGGACUGUGGAAACAGAGCCAUAAAUCCUCUGCAGCAAUUCAGAAUGAAACUCCAAAGAAAAAGCCCAAAUUGGAAUCUAAGCCAUCUAAUGGAGAUAGUAGCUCUAUAAAUCAGUCAGCAGAUAGUGGGGGAACAGACAAUUUUGUCCUUAUAAGUCAACUGAAAGAAGAAGUGAUGUCACUUAAACGUCUCUUACAGCAGAGAGACCAGACUAUUUUAGAAAAAGAUAAAAAGUUAACUGAACUAAAGGCAGACUUUCAGUACCAAGAGUCAAAUUUGAGAACAAAGAUGAACAGUAUGGAAAAAGCUCACAAAGAAACUGUGGAACAACUUCAGAAUCUUCUGCAUGAUGAUCUCUGACUUAAAGUGGUGUAACCAAAACUCUGGAGUAAAUCCAGAAUUGAGGCCAAAAACAGAGAACUACUCAAACAGGUCGCAGCAUUGUCAAAGGGUAAAAAGUUUGACAAAAGUGGAAGCAUACUAACAUCCCCUUGAGAAAGUAGUUAUUCAUGUAGUGUUUCUGCUGAAAAUGUAAAUUUGAGAAAAAUUCUGUGAAGCCCUUAAAUGUAGUGGAGAAAUAUUUUUGCACACCAGAUGAAUUGGCGUGUUUCCUAUUCACUUUUGUAACUGAUAUACAGCAUUUUUUAAGUUGUAAAACGUUCAAAUAAAACUUCAACUGGCUUGAAGUUACUUUUUAAUGAUUUGAUAUCCAGGAACUUUUUUGCCAGCAAUAGUAUUAAACACUUGUAAAGGAGUGCAUGAGUCGUGCUCUUUAUAAAAUGCAACAUGCAAUAAUAGAGUAGGUGACGGUGUUCAGAAGUCAGAGCAGCAGGGCUUUCGGUUUGUUUUGUUUUUUGUUUUACACCAUGUUGAUUUCCGAUAAACAGUUUUCACUUUAGAAAUACAAAAACUUUUAAACAAGGAAAAUGGUAAACACUGGUUUUUUUGGUAAUUGUGUUUUUACUUUGCAUCAACAUGAAUUUAGGAGAAAAUCAUGGUGCUUUUAUUAAAUGAACUUCAGAGUAUAUGUAAAUAUGUUUUUAAAAGUUACAUCAUUAACAUUAGUUAGUAAACUAGUAUUUUCAUUAUUGGUAUAAGAAUUAAUGUUUAUUGUACAGUAUCCAAGGUAAAAUGUGUUCUGUUUUGUACAAACUACUGUAGAUUUUUACUUACAAGUGCCUUUUUGCCACCUAAUGUUUUUAUUUAUAGGAAUGCCGAUCUUUUGUACAUACAGUUUGUUUUAAAAUCAUGUUUAAUAAAUGUUUGUAUAUAAAUGCAUAUGUACAGAAGCCUAUUUCAAAAGGAAAUCAAAGUUGUUAGUAAAAUGUUUGAGAUCGCAUUAAGAACUGAUGAUGCAUAUAGACUCUAGAUGAUUUUGUGGUUUGUUUCUGUGUGAUAUGAGAAGCUAUUGGUCACUGAAUUCAUUGAAUUAUGUAAAAGUACAUUCCCCAAAGAUUUAAUUUUAAAUCAUUUCUGAUAGAGUAAUUUUAUUUUUUACGUCAUAUGGCUUCAUGUUCAUAUUUCGUGAGUUACGUGUUCUGCUUUAUUUUUCUUUUAUAAAAACUUUUAAAAAUUUAUAAUUUUCUGCAGUGGUCCAUAUAUCUGCCUUUUAUCUAAGUUAAUAUUUAUGUACACCAUGUUUGAUUUGUAAGUUUAAAGCAAAUCUGGAAAAAUUUAAAUAACUUAAAUCAAUCCAUGAGUAUCUUUGAAUAAAUUGGAAUCUACUAUAAGAUACAGGCACUAUUUAUAAGAAAAUUAUAUCAGAGUCUUUAAAAUUGUCUAUAAAGGUUAAGGUAGGUUGGGAUAGGUUAUGUAAAGUUAUUGACUAAUUAUUUUCUGAUCCAGUGGUUUUUCAGCCUUUAAUGGAAUUGAUCUCCUUAAUAAAUGCCAGUUCAGACUAUUCAAUUGUAAAACAUCAGGCAUUGCUUGAUAUAUUGGAGAGAGUGGAAGAGAGUUCCUUCUCUUAGGAAUUUAUGGGCAAGGAUAAAUUUGUUUUAAGUAAACUGUUAUUAAAUGUAUUAGUUUUUAAGUUUUUAAACAAAAGUGAUUAUGAAUGUCAGGUCAAAGAUCAUCUUUCCUCAGAACACAGGAUGAUUAUAAUAAUUGUUUUUAACAUAACCGAUGUUUUAGGAGAUGAUUCCUGCAGUUUUUCAUUAUAUGUUGAUAUCAAAUAAUUUUUUGUCCAAUUUGAGAACAUUAUCUAGGGUAAUUUUGAAGUAAUAUAGCAAAAGAUUGAAUCAGACUUGGAAAAAUUAAACGAGUUUAUUUUUAUGAGCUCUUCAUGCAAUAAUCUUCCUAAAUUUAGUACUCUCAACAAUGAUAGAUAAUGCCUUCUUAACACAGAUUUUAAUGUUUGUGGGAUUUGCUAAAUUCGUAAGAUAGUCAUUACCUUUCUUUAAAAUUUAUAAUGUUUUAUAUUCUGGUUUCAUAGCCAUUUAUCAAUCCACAGUGCUCAUUAUGGUUUUAAAAUAAACUGUGUAAUAAUUCUUAUAACAUGUUGGAGCUGCUACUAAAAACCAAGGUGCCCCUUCCCCCUUUUUUAGGAAACAGAUUAAAAAUUGAAAAUCAGUCUCAGUAAUUAAGCUUUGUAAAUUCCAAAGCUAAAACUUUUUAGGGGCUUCACAGUAUUUAGUCCUAAUUAAAUGCCCUCUCUUUAUUCCAUGACCUUAUUUUAUAACUUAAUUUUUUUGAAAUUGUAUAAACUAGUAAUUGAGUCCCAGUCCUGGAUCUGUAGUGUAUUGACAUAAUGAGCUGAUAUUCUUUAAAUGUGGACCUGUAAGGAGAUACUAUGGUGUGCCGUAUUGUGCUUUUUAGCCCGUUUUCAGCUAUUAAUUAGCAUUUACCAGUGAGGGUCAUUUUGGCCCAAGUUAUUUAUGUAUUAAUAGCCUGUGAAUAUUGCAGUUCUUUUUAGAUUGUAUUGGUCUAAAUAUGCAUUCUCCGGUGAACCUGGUAAGCUGUUCACAUGUAUAGAUUAUUGAUAUACUGUACUUGUACACAUCUGACUGUUGACAUUUUGUACUUUUUUCUAAAUCCAAUAUUUCACAAUAAAAACUUGUCAAAAGUU